CAUCAUGAUGUUAUGUGUAGGACAAUGGGAAAGAAUAAGAGAGGAACAAAUGAACAAAGAGAGGAAACAAAGGAAAGACAAAGGGAGCGUAUGAAGAGAUUACGUGAAGGUCAUGUAUAUGCAGUUAUUGCGGAUGAGAACAACGAAGAAGGAACAAAUUACUUUUUGUGUCGUUGUAUUGAGGCCAAAAAGAAAUUGACUUCUAUAGUGGUUGAUGGAGAGGGUAUUGAGUACCCAAUAGAAUCUGUUGUUGUGUCAGGGACAUGGCUGAGAAGGUACCACGUUGUUGUGUCGAGUUGUAUUGAGACCUCUUAAACUCAUUUAUUUAGCAGUCAUUGUAUUGAUUUUGGCAUUAUUCUUCUAUAAAAUGAAGGUACCCUAUCAAAAAUUCUAAUGCCUGGUUGUUUGAGGACUUUGAGACACAUAGACAUAUUCUUCAUUACUCAAACCUUCUUGUUGCAACAAAUAUUCAUUUGAUUAAAUAUCGUGGUAGACCUCUUAACAAGGAUUUGUGGAAAGUUCGUGAAUCAGACCACGAGGCAAUACUUGAGACACUAAGGGUUAGAGCUGAUCCAAAAGGUUCACUUGAUUGA